GUUGUUCUGCUGCAGAUAACGACAGUAAAGCAUUUCUCCUGAGCCCAGCAAGCUUAAACUGUAAGGAUUUUUUUUUACACUCCAUAAAGGAAAUGGAAGCCAAAGACAACUCAUCAUGCCUGGAGAACGAGUCUUGUAAGGAUCUGGAAUGCUACAUGGUCCUGACGAAAGCAGAAAGGACGGCGAUCGGGUCCAUUUGUUUCCUGGCYGGUCCUGUCACCUUGCUAGAAAACGUUGUGGUGUUUGUGGUCAUCGCCACCACAGCCAGCCUGCGACAGAGGCCCUCCUAUCUGUUCAUAGGCAACCUGGCUUUAGCUGAUGUCUUUGCCAGCUGCUUCUUCACCACCAGCUUCCUUGACUUUCACCUCUUUCGCCACAGUGACGGCCCCAUUGCUUAUCUCUUCAAGUUAGGCGGAGUCACCCUGGCGUUCACAAACUCAGUGGGGAGCUUACUGCUCACCGCUUUGGACCGCUACCUCUGCAUCCACCACCCCACCAGUUACAAGGUUCUGCUGACACGCCGCAGAGCCCACCUGAGCCUUCUGGUCCUCUGGAGCACCACCAUCUUCUUCUCCUUCUUGCCGCUCAUGGGUUGGACGUGUCCCACGGGCCUCAUUCCACCCUGCUCUCGCUUGUUCCCCUACGUCAGCCGGGGCUACCUGAUCUUUUGGACCAGCUUCAUCCUGGCGCUUCUGGCACUAAUUCUGGGGGCUUACGCUCUCAUCCUGUGGAGGGCCCACCGCCACGAGGCAUCCCUGUCGAGCCUCCAGGGUGCAGAGGGCACAGGUCAGAACCGCAUGAGGAUGGAUAUCCGGCUGGCUCGCACCUUCGCCUUGAUUCUGCUCAUACUGGUGGGCUGCUGGCUUCCUACUCUCGCCUUCCUGAUAGUUGACGUCUCCAUCACCCUGACUCGCAACCAACAAAGAACAUUUGCGUUUUGCAGCACCCUCUGUCUGCUCAACUCUGCGGUCAACCCACUGCUUUAUGCCCUGCGGUGCAGAGAGCUGAGACAGGCUCUCCGACAGUCACUACAACGAUUGUGGGAAAUCGGAAAGUGCAAGAAGUUUAGACGAAACUCAAACCCCAGGCUGUAUUCUGUAGAAAACAACUCUGUUACUGAUGAUGACUUGUCCAGGGCAAAAACCACCUGACUCAACUCUAUUUCUGAAAUGUGAACAAUCAGUUGGCAGAAGUGUGGAUCAUAAAAAAAGAAAGAAAAGAAUUAGCAAUAAAAAWUAGGAAAAUAUGUUUAUGGCAGAGUAAACGUGGUCAGAAUAUCACCUAGAUCAUCAAUGCAGAUUGAGUGAAAUUAUUGGUUAUUUUUCUUAGAGGUGGGGUAUUCUGUAUUUUCCAGGCACAUAGCCCCYAUACCACAAUCAAGUAACCAUCGGUUGUUAUGAAAA